AUGACUACGAUGGAUUGUUCAACAAUAAAUAAUGAAACAUUAGCUCAUCUUGUUAUUAUAAAUCAAAUGACCGCAACAACCGGAUGUACACAUGAACAAGCUAAACAAUUAUUAAUUUCAACUGACUAUAGACUAGAGGCAGCAAUUAAUUUAUUCUUCGAUGAACGAACAAUGCCAAUUCCUUGUUGCAAAUUUUCAGAAUUAAUGACACCUGCAAAUACUCCAGCAACACCACCAAAUUUUCCUGAAACUCUUCUUUCAUUAAAUAAAUUAACAACAUUAUCAGCAACACCACCAUCAUCAACAACAAUUGUAUCAAAUGAUAAUCAAAUUUCUUCAACAACAACAACAACAACAACAAAUCAUUCACUAUCAUCAUCACCAAUGAAUAUGACAAUGAUGAUGAUGGAUGGAACUGCUUAA